CUGGAGUUCUUUAAAGCUAAGAGAAACAUCUGUCCCUUGGAACAACUUAAGUUGUCACCUGCUCUAAGAAUCUGACAGUUGCAAAAAACCUCAAUGGCCAUCUAAUCCAAUCCACACAGAAAAGGAAUCCUCAUUAUAACAUCCCUUACGAUGGGUCAUCUUGAUUCUACUCGAACACCUCCAAGGAUGGGGAAUCCCGCCUCAAGAAUGCAAGAUGCUUGCUGAAGGGACUUCGUGGUUUUGGUCUUUUCCCUCCUGGUUUUGCUUCUGACUUUUUGGAUUUUGCCACCAUGCCUCAUCUUAAUUUUGACACUGCAACUUCCCUUCGCGCCUGGGGCCUCUUCACCUUGGACAAUCCUUGCACCAUCCCAGUCUCCCUCUUCCACUGCAAGCUAAAAAAGCUGAGUGAAGACAGUUUGACUAAGCAGCCUGAAGAAGUCUUUGAUGUCUUAGAGAAGCUUGGUGAGGGAUCUUAUGGAAGUGUAUUUAAAGCAAUACAUAAGGAAUCUGGUCAAGUGGUGGCAAUUAAACAAGUUCCUGUUGAAUCAGAUCUUCAAGAAAUCAUCAAAGAAAUUUCUAUAAUGCAGCAAUGUGACAGCCCCUAUGUUGUAAAGUACUAUGGCAGUUACUUUAAGAACACUGACCUUUGGAUUGUUAUGGAAUACUGUGGAGCUGGUUCUGUUUCAGACAUAAUUCGGUUACGGAAUAAGACAUUAAUUGAAGAUGAAAUUGCAACUAUUCUUAAAUCCACCUUGAAAGGACUUGAAUAUUUGCACUUCAUGAGAAAAAUACAUCGAGAUAUAAAGGCAGGAAACAUUCUGCUCAAUACAGAAGGGCAUGCAAAAUUAGCGGAUUUUGGAGUAGCUGGACAAUUAACAGAUACAAUGGCCAAACGCAAUACUGUUAUUGGAACUCCAUUUUGGAUGGCCCCUGAAGUAAUACAAGAAAUUGGCUAUAAUUGUGUGGCAGACAUCUGGUCCCUUGGUAUCACAUCAAUAGAAAUGGCUGAAGGAAAGCCACCUUAUGCUGAUAUACAUCCAAUGAGGGCUAUUUUUAUGAUUCCCACAAAUCCACCACCAACAUUCCGAAAACCAGAACUUUGGUCUGAUGAGUUCACUGAUUUUGUCAAGAAGUGCUUAGUGAAGAGUCCUGAACAGAGAGCCACAGCAACACAGCUCUUGCAGCAUCCUUUUAUCAAGAAUGCCAAACAAGUAUCAAUUCUAAGAGACCUGAUCACAGAAGCUAUGGACAUAAAGGCCAAAAGACACGAAGAACAGCAACGAGAACUAGAAGAGGAGGAAGAAAAUUCGAGAUAUGAUCUUUCCCCUGAGGACUGCUUUAGCUGCAUUCCAGAAAUUUUGGAUGAAGAUGAGUUGGAUUCCCAUACCAUGGUGAAGACUGGUUCAGACAGUGUGGGCACUAUGAGAGCUGUCAGCACAAUGAGUGAAGGGGCUCAGACCAUGAUUGAACACAAUACCACCACAUUAGAAUCGGAUUUGGGAACCAUGGUCAUAAACAGCGAAGAUGAAGAAGAAAUAGAUGGAACUAUGAAAAGAAAUGCAACUUCGUCACAAGUACAUCGACCAUCUUUUAUGGAUUAUUUUGAUAAACAAGAUUUCAAAAAUAAGAGUCAUGAAAACUGUAAUCAGAACAUGCAUGAACCAUUCCCAAUGUCAAAAAAUGUUUUUCCUGACAACUGGAAAGUUCCUCAAGAUGGAGACUUCGAUUUUUUGAAAAAUCUAAGUUUAGAAGAAUUACAAAUGAGGUUAAAGGCACUGGACCCAAUGAUGGAAAGAGAAAUUGAAGAGCUUCGUCAAAGUUAUAAUGCAAAAAGACAACCAAUUCUGGAUGCAAUGGAUGCAAAGAAACGAAGACAGCAAAACUUUUGAGUUUACUAUCUUCUCAGACAGCAUGUGUAGUUAGUCUAGUUGUCAGUAAACCUUUAAUAGUUGAAGGAAUCAUAGUGUUAUGAUUAUUUCUGUUAUUUUUAAUCUAUGAGAUUUGUGCUUCACAUCUCAACAAUGUUGAAAUUCUGAAGGAGCCCCCAUUCUGAAGUUACAAGAGGGGGUUAAAUUUACCAGUGCAAGCACAGUAAUUUUAUUUUUGAACAAUGAAAGCAACAGAAAUUUUCAUUAUUAUUUUUCUAAAAGCCCAUCAGUUAUAUCAUAUCACUACUAAAUCUUUGUUGUACAAUUAAAAUUAUACUCAUGGGAACUUAAAGACCCAAAGCUAUUGUUCAUUUGUGCAACGUUGCCCAGCUUUAUGUUACAAUAUUUCUUAUUCCCAUCUAUUAGCCUAUUUAUUAUAUAUCCCCUCAGGUAAACUUAUUUAUUUAUAUCAUUUUGCCUUUUUUUUUUUUUUUUUCAAAGAGAAGAUUGGAUGUUUUGGUAAAGGCAGAGUUUGGACAGCAGCGAUAAAUUACUACUAAAUUACUCCACAAUAAAACAGGAAGAUAAGUGAUAAUAUCAUUUGAAAGUCAGGAUAGUACUUGUUUCCCAAGAAUUUUUCAACUUAAAGGAAACAGUAAUACCUGCAGUACCCAAGGCCAGCUUCUUUUUAACAAAGAAAAAAAUAUGUUUGUAGCCACUGAGUUUUUGUGUUUUUUUAUUUGCUUGAAUUUUUUUUUUUUUUUUUACUUAUUUUGAUGUUUGGUACAAAUAGAACGUUGUAUUUGGGUCAGUUAAAGCUAUAAAGGACAUGAAUUUCAAAGCCAAAGAAAUCAAUGAAUAGUUUGUAUAAAGGUUAGUAUAAGGUAGAUUCUAAAAAGAAAAUUAAAACUAAUCAUACCUAUAUGUUAAUAUUGUUCCAUUUGUAUAUUUGGAAACAGAAGUGUGUCACAUUACAGAAAGCUCAUCACAUUAGUUUCUGUGAAAAUGUGGUCCAUUGUCUAAGGACAUUUUGUUUUUGUUAUUCAUUAUCUUUUGGGAAUUAGUGAUAACACAACAGAAAUACAAUUUAUACUCUCCUAUGCAUACCCUGGAGACUGCAAAAAUAUUAAAACAGUCAAGCAGAAAUUCAGUUCUUUGCAGAAUGAACAUUUGUGCAAUUGAAUUGGGACCAAUUGUUUUCUUAAACAGUUUAUGGCCAUCUCAACGGUAAUUGUUCUUAUGUUUCAGUUCUGUCAUAUAAAUCAUAAAGACAAAUAAAUUUUACUGUACUGGUUAAAA